UUUCCUAUUCGUGGGAUUUCAGAGUUAUCAAACUUUUAUAAAAGUCUUUCAUUUCUCCUCCUCUCUAAAAGCAAAGGCUUCCUUUUGAAUUUCGUUUGUUUCAGAAAGGAUAUUGAAAGGAUAGGUAGACUUUUCUCAAAUAAGAUACUUAAGUAAGUACUUACGGAUUGAUUUCAUAUCAGGUUUUUUCAAAAUAUUCGUGAGACCAACGUUAACCACCACCAGUAUAAUAGUAAUAACUCGAGUAUAAAGGCAAACUAGCCAAUUCAUGGCCAAUAUUUUGCCAGUAGGCGUGUGUUUGGCAAACAAGAUAACGCGGGUUUGAUUAGACUCCAGUAGUAACAAUGGGUAUCAAAAAGGUGUAAAAGUCCUUGUGACUGGUUUUCCACGUUUUUCAUUCACAAAAGCCCGAACCCUUUAUCAGAUGUUGAAGUUGAAACCCUUUAUCAGAUGUUGAAGUUGAAGCGUUAAAUAAAUUGGUUCUCAAUUUCUAUGAAACUAUCUAGUUAGGAACAAAGGAAACUUUUCCUUGAUAACCUAUGUUGUCUUUGCUGCUGUAUUUUUAUUCUGUGAUCUUUACUGUCAAUCAUCAACAAAUUAAGUCAAAACAAUCAUAAAUCAAAAGUUAUUUUAGUGCAAGUUCUUCUAAUUUCUACAGUUAUUCCAGAUCCUAGAAUGUCUUCUAAAGACUUUUCAUCAGUAUGAACUCAAUAUGUCAGAGAGUAUCACAGCUGACCCUGGGUUCUGUACGGUGACCUCGUGGAUUCAGCUGGGCUAUGGUUUGUGGGUGAGCCUCACCAUGGUGGGCAUUGGCUUGGCGUUUGGCUUCCCAGCUGUGACCAUACCGCAGUUGAACGAAGCGAAUUCGACGAUUACAAUUACUACGAGUGAUGAGAGUUGGAUAGCCAGUGUUUUGACCUUGGUCGCGCCAGCCGGAUGCCUUGUAUGUGGCUACAUGAUGGAUACGUUAGGAAGAAAGCUGAUCCUGAUCAUUUGCCAACUGCCUUUGUGUGUUGGCUGGCUGUUGACAGGAUUUGCUGCUGACGCCAAGCAAAUCAUCAUAGGACGUAUAAUAACAGGGCUAGGGAUCGGCAUGUCAAUGGGUGCGCCAAGGAUCUACGUCACGGAGAUAUCGUUGCCGAACAUGCGUGGGACGGUUGGGGCUCUCCCCAACCUGGCUAUGUCUAUGGGCUUAACAAUACUGGCAGCAUUUGGAGCUUUUCUGAAAUGGACUACAAUAUGCUACGUUUGCGGAGCGUAUUCAUUAUUCCUCUUCUUAUUCAACAUGUUGUUACCCGAAACUCCGUAUUUCGUGCUCCUCAAAGGCACAGAAGAAAACGCCAGAAAGACCUUAAAAUGGUUCAGAUCAAAGAAAUAUAAGGUGGACAGGGAAAUUAAUGAUCUAAUGGAAUACAAGACGGUGAACAACAUUCAUUACAGUUUAAAGAAGAGUUAUGCCUUUUGUUCACUAAAGGAGUGUGCAGACCAUUCUGGAUUGUAUUCGUUUAUAUUUUACUAUCACAGAUUUCAGGGGUUACAAUCAUUUUCAUGUGGACCAUAGAACUUAUUGAGGUAAAAUAUUUUUUGAAUAAUCAAAAUACAGGGAAAGUUGUGAAACACAGUGGAAAAAAGGAAAAACAAGAGACAAAACAUGAACUCAUGUUUUGCUGACCUUUCUCUUACACCCUUUAUUAUCUUCCGUAUCUCUCACCAUUUUGUAAAAUUUUCAGGGAUCUAACUCGUCAGUUGACGCCAAUUUGGGCAACUUUGCAAUGGGCAUGACAAGGUUUAUUACUGGAAUCUUUUCUUCGUUGAUGUUGUAUAGAAUUGGAAGGAAACCUCAGGCGUUGAUAUCAAGUAAGCAAUCAGUUUGAGUCUGGCAGGCGUCAAGUAAGCAGUUUGUUUUUAAAUACUUUUCCUGCAUUCUCGACUCA